UGCCAUGGACAUGGCCGAAGACCUCCCACAAGUAGAAGAAGGUCUCCCGGACGUUCUAGUCGCAUACGUCGCCGUGCACGGCCCACUUAUCCGCCAAAGCACUCUCGACUACCUACUAGAGCUAGGCACCGCGGUGAACGCGGCCGACAUCGCCGCACUCGUCGGCGUCGCGGGCGACGUCGACCCAGUGUUGGCGGCGGCGGUGGACAAGGCGCUGAAGACGGUGGACGCGCUGUCAGACGAUGACGGCCUCAACAGCCCGAUCUGCUUGGAGGACGACAUAGCGGCGUGGAAGUUGACGCCGUGCGGGCACCGGUUCCACGGGCGGUGCGUGGAGAGGUGGCUGCAUGCCAAGGGGAGCUGCCCCAUGUGCCGGCACCAGGUGGUGACGAUUCCUGCCGCUGAUGAUGAGUCGUACGUAUACAUAUCUCUCUCGACGGAACAUGGCCAGGAUGUUAGCGACUCCGGCGCCAUGGAAAUCGAUGCUGCUUCUUAGUCGACAAUGCUAGACUUAUGCAAAUUUCCUUGCGUCUGCGCUUUGGGA